UUCAAUACAACAAUGUUUGUAGGAUGCUCACGUGACAAAGUUCAUGUAUAUAAUGAAAUUUGAUGACAACAUUGUUCUGUUAACGAAACAAGAUGAACAUUUUACUAGCAGCACUUGUGAUACUGUCUUGUUAUUUACAGAUUUACCAGGUCCAGUCAAAACGAAUACGGAGAUGUUACCGCAAACCUGUGUGUGGUAUCAACGGGAAAACCUACACCAAUGAAUGUGUGGCAAGGCGAAGAGGUGUUAGCGUGGCAUGCAGGAGAAAAUGUCCCUGUAAGUAUGAUUGCAUCUGUACAAGAGAAUACCGACCAGUGUGUGGAGUCAAUGAUAAAACCUACAGCAACAGUUGUACGGCCAGAUGCGCUGGCAUUGCCCCUAAAUGUAGUGGAAAAUGUCCAUGUAAGCCAGACUGUAUGUGUACCCAGGAAAUGCAACCUGUAUGUGGGGCGAAUGGUAAAACAUACAGUAACAGAUGCAAGGCUACCUGCGCGAAUGUUAAAGUAAAAUGCAGUGGGCAAUGUCCAUGUAAAAAGCGUUGUAUAUGUACUAAACAUCUAGACAGAGUGUGUGGUUCAGACGGGAAAAACUACGGAAAUCCUUGUAUGGCCAAAUGCGGAGGUGCUAAAUUAAAGUGUAGGGGCACAUGCCCGUGUAAGGAAGACUGUGUGUGCCCGUUCAGAUUCAGUCCAGUAUGCGGGAGGGACGGACAAACAUACCUUAACUCGUGUGCAGCUACAUGCAAGCACGUUGAAGUCAGGUGUAGCGGGCAUUGUCCAUGUAAAGCGCAGUGUGUAUGUACUAAACACCUAGAUCCAGUGUGUGGCUCAGACGGACAAUCCCAUGGAAACCCUUGUGCGGCAAAAUGCAAAGGUGUCCAAGUAAAGUGCAAGGGCAGGUGCCCGUGUGGCGAUUGUUAUUGCCCUUAUAGCUACAACCCUGUGUGCGGCACGGACGGACAAACAUACCCAAACUCAUGCUCAGCCGCAUGCAAUGGACAAAGAGUACAGUGUCCGUGGGCCUGUCCUUGCUUUGUAACUGGAAAGUGAUCACACUUUGGACCAGAGAGAGGUGCUACACAAUGUAUCAUAUAUAACGGACAUACUAUAAAAUUCCCUUCUAAAAGUGUCGAAUUAUAUGAAUAUUUGUAUUAAUAAAUGAUGUUUUGUUCGGAAAUAAACAUAUCAGAGAAAUUGA